ACCGUUCAACAAAUUACAACACAUCUCUUAAGUCCAAGUGACAUUAUUCUCCUUUGCACAAAUUUCCAACAGGACCAAAACACCCAUCGACCAAAAUUUUGUACGUACUUGGAGGUUGAUUUGUAGAGAAACUCUAGGCACAAGAGAGAAAGUAAGCAAAGUACAAAAAUACAACUAACUAUUCCACGCAAGAUAUUUUGUGGCUUAGAACACAACCCGCGAAAUCUCCGCACCAAUCAAAAUUCUCUAAAAACCUUCAUAGCUCAUCUUUAAUUUGCCACGUGUCACCAUCAUAAUCCAUCUUUCCACUUUUUUGUUUUUUGUCUCGUCUUCAACAACUUCAACUAUUCUUCUUUCUUUCUUUCUUUCUCCGCUUACACUCGUUCAUUUCACACUCUCUCAUUCCAAAUCGAACCCCCACACACCAUGAAAAUUAGGGUUCGAUAGAAUUUGAUUUGAUCCUCACAUUUUCAAUUCAGUAACCACUUAUCAUCAUUUAUCAAUGGCUUCAUCUUCUCUACUCUCAACCGAACUCAAUUUUCUUGCUCCUAAAUUCACACCAAAACGCCGUCGUUCUCUAUCUAGUUUUUGCUCCCGUUCAGUUCCGAAGUACAAAUACAGUGUUACUAUUCGUACUCGCAUUUGUGCUGUUAAGAAGGAAGAAGGUGCAUUGGUUGAAGAAAGAGUGAGCGAUGUGAAAUGGAAUGGAAACGGAGCUGCUACUAAAACUGUUGUAAGCAGUAGCAAUGGUUCUGUUAGAGGUUAUGUCAAUGGUAGUGGAAAUGGAAGCUUAGUGAAGUAUGUUAAUGGAAAUGGUGUGGCGGGGGAAGUUGUUGAAGAUUUUGUAAAGGAAGUUGGGAGGAAGAAGAGGUUGGAGGAAAUUGGAAAAGAAGAUGCGUGGUUCAGACGACGAAAUGGUGAACCACAAGUUGAGGUGGCAGUUGCGCCUGGAGGUCGUUGGAGCAGAUUCAAGACUUACUCGACGAUUCAAAGAACAUUGGAAAUUUGGGGAUUUGUUAUUACAUUUAUCUUCAAGUCUUGGUUGAAUCGUCAGAAGUUCUCUUAUAAAGGAGGAAUGACUGAGGAAAAGAAAACCUUCAGGAGAAAGACCCUUGCCAAAUGGCUGAAGGAAAGCAUUCUGCGAUUAGGUCCUACAUUUAUCAAAAUUGGCCAGCAAUUCUCCACAAGAGUGGACAUUCUUCCACAAGAAUAUGUUGACCAGUUGUCAGAACUUCAGGAUCAAGUUCCUCCAUUUCCUUCAGAGACUGCUAUGGCUAUUGUUGAGGAAGAGCUUGGAGCUCCUAUAGCUGGCAUAUUUGAUCAGUUCGACUACGAGCCAAUAGCUGCUGCAAGUCUUGGUCAGGUUCAUCGUGCGAGAUUAAGGGGACAGGUGGUUGUUAUCAAGGUGCAAAGGCCUGGUCUCAAGGAUCUUUUUGAUAUUGAUCUUAAAAAUCUGAGGGUUAUUGCCGAAUAUCUUCAAAAAAUUGAUCCUAAAUCAGAUGGUGCAAAGAGGGAUUGGGUUGCUAUUUAUGAUGAGUGUGCUUCUGUUUUAUAUCAGGAGAUUGAUUACACCAAGGAAGCUGCUAACGCAGAACUAUUUGCAAGCAACUUUAAGAACAUGGAUUAUGUGAAAGUCCCUUCAAUUUUCUGGGAUUAUACCACCCCACAGAUUCUAACAAUGGAGUAUGUUCCAGGGAUUAAAAUAAACAAAAUAGAAGCUUUAGAUCAGCUGGGUGUUGACCGGAAAAGGCUAGGGAGAUAUGCUGUUGAAUCUUACUUGGAGCAGAUUCUCUCACAUGGUUUCUUCCAUGCCGACCCUCAUCCUGGAAAUAUUGCAGUUGAUGAUGUCAAUGGUGGACGAUUGAUCUUUUAUGAUUUUGGUAUGAUGGGAAGUAUCAGUCAAAAUAUCAGAGAAGGUUUACUUGAAGCUUUUUAUGGAAUUUAUGAGAAGAGUCCAGAUAAGGUCCUUGAAGCAAUGAUUCAGAUGGGCGUUCUUGUCCCAACUGGAGAUAUGACUGCUGUUAGACGAACAGCACAGUUCUUCCUCAAUAGUUUUGAAGAACGUCUAGCUGCACAAAGGAGAGAGAAAGAGUUGGAAGCAGCUGAAGUUGGAUUCAAAAAGCCAUUAAGCAAGGAAGAAAUAGUAAUGAAGAAGAAAGAACGUUUGGCUGCUAUUGGUGAAGAUUUAUUGUCCAUUGCAGCAGACCAGCCCUUCCGGUUUCCUGCAACAUUCACAUUUGUUGUUAGAGCCUUCUCAGUUUUGGAUGGCAUUGGAAAGGGACUCGACCCUCGUUUUGAUAUUACCGAGAUUGCCAAACCUUAUGCUCUGGAGUUGCUGAGAUUCCGUGAGGCAGGGGUUGAAGUUAUCAUAAAGGACAUCAAAAAGAGAUGGGACAGACAAUCCCAAGCAUUUUACAACUUAUUUAGACAAGCAGACAGGGUUGAAAAACUGGCUAACGUUAUCGAGAGAUUGGAGCAAGGUGAUCUAAAGAUUAGAGUUCGAGCUUUGGAAUCUGAGAGAGCAUUCCAACGCAUUGCAACUGUGCAGAAGACAAUUUUGAAUGCAGUAGCUGUUGGGAGCCUAAUAAAUCUUGCAACAAUUUUGUCUCUUAAUUCAAUUAGGGUGCCUGCCACUAUAGCAUAUUUCUUUUGUUCAAUCUUUGGUUUUCAAGUUCUCUUUGGCAUCGUGAAGAUCAAGAAGUUAGAUGAACGAGAACGGUUGAUUACAGGGACUGCAUAGGCAACUACGAGCACAUUGCAGAUAUAGGAUGGACAUGUUGCUCAGGUUAAGAUCGUGGUUAGAAGUUAACCUUCAAGAGCAUCCAUCAGGAGCUCAAUGUAAAAGGCAACAUCUUGAAAGACGACAUUGUGCAAAAAAAUCAACUGGAAGUUGCAGUUAUAUUGGAGGCUUCUUCUGUUCAAUUGAUUAAUUUGCUAUUGGCCCCGAGGUAACCAGCCACAUUUUUGUCGAUAACACGUACUCCCUCUCUCUCUCACACAUCUCAUUCCAUAAUUAUAUCCGCCAGGUUAAAUACUAACAUUUUAUUAUUGUUUUCAUUUAGUACCUCAUAUCUGUAUUAGUAAAUUAUAUAGGAAAUAGUAUAGGGUUUAUUGUUAUGAGUAUCAUAUGGUAUGAUAUGACUUCCAAUAAAUUUUGUAACUGAUGUACAUAAAUUUAUUCAAUGAAAAUGCAAUGUAAGUAUAUACCAACCAUAUAUUGGAAGGAUCCAAGUUCCCUAUGAUAAAUACAAUUUCCCCUGUUAUGUUA